ACCAAUUGCUAAACUUCUCCAGGUUGCAUCGUCAUAUUUUAGUGAAAAUAAGUUAAAUACAGUGAUAAUUUGAUGGCUAAGGUUUCGGAUGACGAGUUUGAUUUGGAUAUUGAUGUAAAUGAACACAAUGCAUUGAUGAUGGGAAAAAUGCAUAGUAUGAAAAAAGACGGACAACAUUCUGACCUCGUCAUCAAAGUAGGUAGUGAAGAGUUCCUGGUUCACAAGAACAUGAUGUCAGCUGGUUCAGAUUAUUUUGAUGCAAUGUUGUCACAUGAUAACUUGGAAACCAACACAGGAAUUGUUAACAUGCAAGAUGUUGAUGUGGAAUCAGUAAAGGUUUGCAUUGAUUACAUUUACACUGGAAAAGCUUCAAUUACUUUGGAAAAAAGUGAACAAAUACUCCAUGUUGCAACUUUGAUGCAAUUAUCAGUACUUUGUGAGAAUAUAGCUGAGUUUCUCAAAGCUAAGUUGAAUGUGAAAUCACUUCUCAUCAUCAAACAAAUUGCUUCUAUGUUUGAAAUUCAAACAUUAAAAACAGCAUGUGAUGAUUUUGCAUUGACUAAUAUGGGAGCAAUUUCUCAGGAAGAAUACUUCAAUGAAUUGGAUGUGGAAUUCAUCUCUUUCAUGGUUGGAUCGAAAAGUUUUGCCUAUUCUGAAGAUUCCAAACUUGCUGUUCUUCUGCAGUGGAUCAAAGCUGAUAUUGACCAACGAAGGAAGCUUCUGGUUGAAAUGAUAAAUUUAAUAAACCUGAACAAUGUUUCUUAUCGAUAUGCAACAUUCUUAGUGGAAAAUGAAAGACUGUGUUCUGAAUCACCUGUGAUUUUGAAAUUAUUGUUUCUCAAAAUGGCGGAGAAGUUUGGCGUUGAAGGAGCAUCUGCAGAAAUCCCCGCUAGUGCAUCUGAAUUCAAUGCUUUUGCUGUUUUUGACAAGACUUCCAAAACAAUAAAUUCAUUCUAUCCAGAAAAAAGUGAAUGGCAGGAAUUAAAAAAUCUGCAUGAUAGUAUGGUAAACAGCAAUUACACUGCUGUCAUGGUGAAGGAUUUUAUCUAUGUUUUCAUGGAAAAUUAUUCAGUAUAUCGUAUUAAUAUUUCUGAACCAGAUUCAACUUGGAAUAAAAUUGCUGAUCAUCAAUGUCACCAUGGUCAAUAUUUACGAGCAGCAGUUUGUGAUGGAUUCAUUUAUUUGUGUGACAAGGAAACAUUGGACGAGUACAAUAUCAGUCAAAACAUGUGGACGGUGGUAAAAAGUGAAAAAAUUACGCUAUACAAUUGUACUUUAGUUGGACUGCAGGAAUCACUUUAUGUAAUAGGAGGUUUUUUAAAUGGUAGUUCAUCCUCAGUGAGUCGAUAUUCACAACAAUCUUCUUGGUCUUCAGUCAAAGCGAUGAAUGUUUACAGGCAAAAUCCUGCUGCUACUGUUUAUGGAAAUCGAAUAUUUGUAGCAGGCGGAUUUGAAGGUGUAUAUUUAUCUAGUACGGAGUUCUAUAAUCCACAAACAGAUUCUUGGACAAAUUUAUCAUCCAUGACUGUUCCUCGGGGUAAUUUUUGUCUUUAUGCUGUAGAAAACAAACUAUUUGCAAUUGGAGGUAAUAGAGAGGGAUCAAAAUCAAUUGAGAAAUACAAUUUUGAAUCAAGUCGUUGGGAGCAUCUUAUGAAUUUUCCAGAAAAUAUGGAUAUUGCUCCACGAGCCAGUCUGGCAUUUAAACUUCCACCAUAGUCAAUGAUAAAUUUAUUGCAUCAGCAUUGAGAUUAUAAAACAGGCCACUAUGAGUUCCACUUGUUUUUGAAUGUUUCCAUUUUAUUGAUUCGUAUAUUUUAAAAAUGGGAUAAUGAAGGAUAAUAUUUGUGAAGUGAUUUUUGUGUUAGUGCUGAAUUGUACUGACCCUUCCAUCUCAUCUUUGAGCUUGAGAAACUUAAACAAUUUAAAUCAUGUAUUAAUAUUAACCUCUCCUAUACUCUCUAUAUCUAUAUAGAGUUUUAUACUCUGUAUUGUCCUAAUUUGGUUCCUUAAAUUUCAUUUUUGUUCGUUACAUGACUUAAUGGUGUGAAACUGGCCACUGUUCUUAUUCUCUCUUUUAUUUGUCUUUACUGGCUCUAUAGCUGAAGCAAUGAGUUCUAUGAAUGAUUUUUCCGAGGUUUAAUUAUAGGAAGAAACUUCUUAUUUAUAAGUUUUGUGUGCGGCUGAACUCAAAUUUUUCAUUCAUUGCAAUUAUUUUACAUAUUUAGCAACUUAUUUGUAUUUUGGCCAAGUUUCUAGUAAUCUCAAUUUAUGUGAGAAAUUUAGGUCUCACUCCUAGUGAACUAUAUCCUAUAAUUGUUACUUUUUGUAUUUGUGUAUUUCUUAUCUUACGAGUGUUAUAAAAAGCUUAAUUUGGGAGUGAGAAUGGACAUUACACCUGUUACGGUUUCAAAAUAACAUAUAGUAUUUCAAUAAUGAAUAUGACAUGGUUGCUGGGUUCAUGAUACAGUUAUCACUUAAUUUUCUUCAAUAUUUUGUAAAUCAUUGAGAUCACAUGGAAUUGAACUACGGUAUGUUAGGAUUACAGUUCAACAUCUUAGAUUCAAACCCCAUGCCGACCACCUCACUUAGUACGACUUGUAUCACAACUUAGAUGGUCUAACUUUCUCAAGCUGACCCAUAUAUACUUUGCUUUCCUAUAUUAUUCAUAUAAUAAUUCCUAUACUUGGCUAAAUCGUGGAAUCAGACUUGUGUUGUAGCAUUUAGCAACCACUGUCAAUGGCAAUAACUUUUGAAUCACCAACAGAGUUCGUUAUUGUGCAUUGCCAAACGAGAUUUUUAUAAUAUCUGUGUCGAAAAGUUGGAAUAAAAAUCAUUCAACAAUUUCUUCACAUAUAUUGUAUGCUAUGCAUGGAACUUCCACUGCAUUUAAUAUUGUGUUGUAUUAUAUUUAGUUUUAAAUCUAGUGUAUAUCUAGAUGAUGUAACUUUCUUUUGUUGUGGAGUCAGUUGAAAGUUUUUCAGGACCUUAUAACUCUCCUAUCAAUAAACAUCUGGAAUGAAAAAUAAACAAUUAUCAUUCGGUACAUGUUUGAAUUUCUUGACCGAAUAUCUGAAUACUAUCAUGUUCCGUUCCAACUUCCGAAAAACAUAGAACAAGAUUUCUUUGUGAAAGGUUCAGUUAAAGCUCAGCGUCUUGACAUUUCUGUAAAUAGAAGUUUACAAGAAGCAUGUGAAGCAGUUUGUCUUCCACGGAAUCUUCCAAUGCUUUGGUACUUCAUAUGCUAUAUUACACAAAAAUGGAAGGACAUGUUGUUUGGUACUGAUAGAAUCUUCCUUCUUGCUCAUUAUUUGAAUGAGCCAUGGCCAGUGUUCCCGAAAUAAUGAUUGAAUAUGAACUGAUAAGUAAAUUGAACUCGGUUUUCAUAUUUUGCAUAUUUAAAAAUCUUUUAAUUCUUUACUGUGUAAUUUUGUUUUUGAUGAAUGAAAAUAAAAAAUCCUCUAAAAAUAAGCCCUUGUGUUAUUUUUUGAAAGAAAAUUGAAAUAAGACCCGGUCUAAUUUUUGAGAAAACACGGUAUACUUCUUGUAUUAUAUUAUUUUGACUUUGUAGCACACCCAUUUUGUGCACCAAUGUUGUCAUAAAAAUUUUAUUGGGUUAUUUUUAAAUUAUUCAUUUUGUAUUGCUUUCAUAUCAUGUAAGAUUAUUGCAUACUUUGUCAAUGGCCACAUUUAAAUUUACAUUUUGAUGAAAAUUUUGAGUUAAGUUCCAUUUGUCUUUGAAUGUGAUCAUAUUUUUUGUUCAUUUGCUCGGAACAAGGCUUUAGACAAAUUAUAGCAAAAAUAUAUUUGUUGUUGAACCGAUUAAUCAUCAUUAGUUAGUAUAAUAGAAAAAGCCCUUUCAUAUUCAUCCCAUAAGGAGUGAAAAUCAAUACCAUAGCUUAGUCAUAUAGUGAACUACUUACUGCCUCUUAUUCAAUUACCAGACCAAGAGGUAUAUUUUCUCUGGUUAUUCAGCCUAGAUCAGUGGUUUUGAACCUUUUUGGUGUAGCGAAAUAUUGCCCUUCGCAUAACUGGUUUCUCAAUAUUUCUCUCACCUUCAUUUUGUGUUGAAAAAAAUGCCUAGUAGCCUGUUAUCAGCAAUUUCAUGCAUGUUCAUAACUGAAAGAUUCAGUGAUAAACACCGAUUAGAGAAAAAUAUUCGAUUCAAGUCGAAAAAUUAUUCGAUUUUGGACAGUCCUACCUAUUAGCCAGUCAAUUGAACCAUAUUUUAUAAACAUGCAAGACUUUACAUGCCCCUUGUAUACCAACAAUUAGUGGUAGCUUAAUUUUGAAGCAUGUAGCUUCAAUUGGAAUCAAAAUUUUCAUGAAAUGCUCCAUUUGAUGAUUUCUAGUAGCUAUCAACAUAAACCCAACCCAAUAAAUUCCAGUAAUAUUUUUUAACCAGUUGCUAAACUUCUCCA